AUGAAGUGUUUCCAAUUCUACAUUGGAAAGAAGAAGGGGGAACCGAAGACGACAACUUUGAAUUCUGUUCAGUCCUUUUAUACUGAUCAGGAAGUGAGGCCAUCAGGAUCUGAAUUCAAUUCUCAGAAUGUUUCAGAUACAAGCACAGAGUCCAGAGGAAGGAGCCAAUUUCCAAAUUUGUCCGAAAGGCCCAGCAAUCUCAAAGUUUUUACAUUUUCGGAGCUCAAACAAGCUACAAAAAAUUUCAGCCGCUCUACCAAGCUCGGGGAAGGUGGAUUUGGAUGUGUGUUUAAAGGUGUGAUAAGGGAUUCUCAAGAUCCAACUAAAAAACUUGACAUUGCUGUUAAACAACUUGGUCCAAGAGGAAUGCAGGGUCAUAAAGAGUGGGUGACAGAAGUUAAUGUUCUUGGUGUUGUUGAACAUCCAAAUCUCGUGAAGCUCAUUGGCUAUUGUGCUGAAGAUGAUGAAAGAGGAAUCCAGCGGCUUCUAAUAUAUGAAUAUAUGCCUAACAGAAGUGUAGAAGAUCAUUUAUCAACUAAGUCAGAUACACCUCUCUCUUGGGAUAUGAGGCUGAAGAUAGCCCAAGAUGCAGCUCGUGGCUUAGCGUACCUGCAUGAGGAAAUGGAUUUUCAGAUCAUCUUCCGAGAUUUCAAAUCUUCAAACAUUCUCCUAGAUGAGCAAUGGAAUGCUAAGUUAUCAGACUUCGGAUUGGCUCGAUUGGGCCCUGCUGAAGGACUGAGUCACGUAUCAACUGCGGUUGUUGGAACAAUGGGAUAUGCUGCUCCUGAGUACGUUCAAACUGGUCGUCUCACAUCCAAGAGUGAUGUGUGGAGCUAUGGCGUCUUUCUUUUCGAACUAAUUACAGGUCGGCGCCCCUUGGAUCGAAAUCGCCCCAGAAAGGAGCAAAAACUCUUAGAAUGGAUAAGACCAUACUUAUCAGAUACUAAGAAGUUUCAGCAAAUAUUAGACCCAAGGCUUGAAGGGAAGCAUUUCCACAAAUCAGCCCAGAAGCUGUCGAAUGUGGCCAACCGCUGCUUGGCCAGACAUCGAAAAUCACGCCCAAAUAUGAGUGAAGUUUUGGAAAUGGUGAAUCAAAUAGUGGAGGCAUCGACCGGGGUAGGCAAUCCACAGCCACCUUUGAAACGUAGAGAGCGAAGGCCAACUCCUGGGGAAACUAAAGCUCAAGGUAGAAGGAGACUUAUGAAUAAGAAAAUUGGUGAUGGACGUUGA